GAAAAUUAACUGACGUGUGGGGGCAAGAAGGGGGCAGAUGUCUGCUGCGAUCCAGAGGAUACUUGUGAUGGCCUCCAAGCCCCAGCGCCUCCGUCAAUGGGCAGAUUUCCAGAGCUCAGCUAAGAAGGCCAGGACGAUGACGUCUCAACCUUCUCUCAAGGACGACUUCUCCGCCUACGCCGAUUACCUCAACAAUCUCAAUGAGAAACGCGAAAGGGUAGUAAAAGCGAGUCGAGACAUAACCAUGAACAGCAAGAAGGUUAUUUUUCAGGUGCACAGAAUCAGUAAAAACAACAGAGAGGAAGUCUUGGAGAAGGCACACAAGGAUUUAGCAGCUGUUAUGGAUCAGUACAUUGCUAGACUUGUAAAAGAAUUGCGAGGCAGUGACUUUUGGAAACUACGACGGGCAUACUCUCCAGGGAUACAGGAGUAUGUUGAGGCUGCUACUCUCUGUAGAUUUUGUAAAUCUGGGACCCUUUUAAAUCUCGAGGAGAUGAAUGCUUCUUUAUCAUCGCUGAGCAACCCAUCUCAUGAACCUUUGCAGAUUAAUAUCCUCGAUUACAUUCUCGGGCUUGCAGAUUUGACAGGAGAGCUUAUGAGGUUGGCUAUUGGUCGAAUUUCAGAUGGUGAACUUGAAUAUGCUAAAGAGAUAUGUACAUUUGUGCGUGAAAUACACCGUGAGCUGACCCUUUUAGUGCCACACAUGGACGAACCUCUUGAUAUGAAGACGAAGAUGGAGACAAUGCUUCAAAGUGUGAUAAAAAUUGAGAAUGCUUGCUUUAGUGUCCACGUGAGAGGAUCAGAAUAUAUCCCGCUGCUCGGAUCUGAUGACCCAAGUUACUCUUUGAUGGGGCUUGGCGAGGGAAUUGAUCUAUAAAGCGGUUCUGAGGCCGAGACGUUUCGAGUUGCUUCUAGGCAAAGGUCUCGGUGCCCGAAAAACAGGAAGCUUCUGCAACAACAACUCAAGUGAAAGGAGCUCUGCCAUGUAUCCCGUCAAAAGCCUCCUGUCUGGAUCCUGUUUUUACUCGUGGCAAAUGGUGAACUGUAUACUGUAACUGAGGUUAUGGGUCAAAGGAGAUUUUGACAUGGGAUGGUUUGAUUUUAAAGUUGCACGAGCUUUCUUGACAACAUAAAAGGACUCUUGCCCCCCUCCUUUCGAAA